AUGGAGAGAAGUGCAAAUGAGAGUUUAGUUCUUGUGGAACCUGGAAAUUUUGAUUUGGGCGACUGGAUGGAGAUCCUCACUGCGCUCAUUGCUAUAGUCGGGCUGGUGGGGAACAGCGUCGUCCUCCUCGUCCUGUGGCUCCUGGGCUUCCGCAUCCCCAGGAACCCCUUCUCCAUCUACAUCCUCAACCUGGCUGGGGCUGACACCCUCUUCCUUUGUGGACAGUUUGCGCUCUCCAUCCAUGGAUUUCUUGAGUAUCUGAGACUUUCGGUCAUGGGCCUGCUCUAUGUCACAUCCACAUCCUACACAGCGGGCCUGAGCCUCCUGGCUGCGAUCAGCACCCAGCGCUGUGUAGCCGUGCUCUUCCCCAUCUGGUACAGAUGUCACCACACCAAGCACACGUCUGCGGCAGUGUGUGCUGUCCUCUGGGCUCUGGCCAGCCUGCUGUGGCUAUCACUUUUUUUCUUUUGUACUUCUUGGUAUAAUUCUCAUCUGUGUUAUGCAGUCCCCAGAGUGCUGGUCGUCUGGUUCUUCCUCCUCACAUGUGUGCUGUGUGUGUCCAGCCUGACUCUGCUGCUGAGGGUCCAGUGUAGCUCCCAGCGCAGGCAGCCCUCCAGGCUCUACCUUCUGGUCCUGCUCACUGUCCUUGUGUUCCUGCUCUGUGGACUGGCCCCUGGGAUUGAAAUUAUCAUGCUGCUCUUUGACGUAAUGUUCAAGCCUCUUUGGCUCCCUAUGAUCCUGGCCUGUGUGAACAGCAGUGCAAACCCCUUUAUUUACUUCUUCCUGGGCAGUCAAAGGCAUAAAAGAAGGAGGGAGCCCCUCAGGGUGGUCCUGCAGAGGGCCAUGGCAGAUGACCAAGAGUCAGAGGGUGAAUCAAGGGAAACUCCCCACACCAGCACCCUGGAGACAUCACCCUGA